AUGCCCACCAUUGCAUCCCCCGACGCGGAUCCGCUUCCUUCCACCGCAAAUGCCACAACCCACAACGGACCCAGAAGCGGACAGACGGCGGAGGGUGACUUUCCGCCGGAAGAAUCAAAUAUAUGGACCACAAAGGAAAUGCGCGUGUUGAAAAAGCAUGUACAGCCCUACAAAGAUACAUCAAAGUCAUCCAAAGCAGACUACAUACAGAACACUGUCAUACCUGAGCUGCAAGCUACAUGGGAUCACAGAUACUCUAGACGUGCUAGGAAGGAAGAUAAGCAACUACACAAAGAAUGGAAGGUGAAGAAGCAUCGAAUUUUUAAUUGGUUUAGAAACCAUGCGUCAAAUCGAAUUGGUGUAAAAUUGGAAGGAUUGAACUCCCGUAUAACCUUUCAGACGGUAUUCCGUGAGGAGAAGUCGGCAGAGAUUGACUCCGAGGUUGCGCUUCUAUCAGGGAAUGCUGCUCGUGGAAGUAAAGAUUGGAUGAAGUUUUAUCAACAAGGACGUAAGCAGGUUGAGGCCAGAUUGACUCAGGAGGAGCGGGACAGGUUCAUGGAGAUCCUUGAGGAAUGGAAUAAGAAAGGUGUUUCAAAAUCAAUGAAGGCAAAGACUGCUGCCAGGCAAGGCAGAAAAAUACUUCGACAAAUGGAGAAACUUAAGUGGCAGAGAAUGGGUAUGAGGUCCAUUACCUUUGAGGGGCAUUAUGAUAUUGAGGGUAAAAUCGAAUACUCAAUGACCCAGACAAGCGAUCUAGCACUCGACGAUGUCAGAAUUCCUUCCUUUGGGCAACUCUUUCCAUCCGAGUUGGCCGCUUUUCGCAGAGCGUUUGUUCAAUACCUCGUCCACAUUUCAGAAAUAGAGAAGGGUGUGGCCAAUCCAGCACUGCCAGAUGCAUCGUUUCAUGAAAAAUCCCUCAAGUUUAGCAGCAAUGGAUUUCCAAUAGUACCUAGUCCUAUCUAUGGCUCAACUGGGAGAGAAGUCGCUUAUGCGCAAAAGUCAAUUAUUAGAAUUUACAUGAACAAGGUUUAUGCUUUAGCCAAGGAUAGGCCUGGUUCAAGUGUUCCUUGGGAUGCUCUUGAAAGGCGUUCUGCAGAAAUGAUUGAUCCAGAGUAUUGGCCAAGUUCAAUCCCCGUGACGGAUCCGAGCCGGCUCCGCCUGGAGUCAACUUCUGCAAUUCUCAAGCUAUGGAGGGACCGUCAAGCGCAAGGAGACAUCCCCUUUAAAUUCUCAAAGGUUUUUGGAAAUGGCUAUGACAUUAUGGAACCUCUCUAUCCGUCCAACUUGUUUGACGGCCUAGAAGCCCACCCGAUACCUCCACCUCCUGCAGCCAUAACCAAACGUCGGCUGAGGCAAAAAGCUAUACGACUUCAAACCCAAUCUUCAAGCGACUCUGAAUCAUCCAAUCUGUCAGAGUUUGAUAAUGGACGGGGUAGUCCGGCAUCCGCGAUGCCACGCACUACUGCCAGAUUUGAAGUCACGCCAGAGACGGAUGAGACUCCUACCGACGCACCUUCAAGAUCUAGCGAGCCACCCUCUCUACCAAGUAGAUCCAGCCCAACAAUUGUCAAUCCAUCAUCCAGCCCAACUCCAGAGGUUGAGGAGGCGCCUCCCAAGCCAGCUAGAAAGAUUAUGCCAAGAAAAAGAACAAAGCCAUAUGUCGGAACGGCGGAAAUGGACGGACCCGAUGAAGAGAGUUCUGUACCCCCCCCAGUUAAGCCAAAACCAACUAGAAGGAUUCAACCUAGGAAAAGAACAAAGCCCUACUCAGAUCCACUUAACACAGUGGAAGAAGAUGGAGUCCAAACAGGAACAACCCAAGACACGGAUAAUACACGGGCCGGCAGGGACGUGACUUGUGAUGCCUUUGUGGAGACAGUAACAAGUCCAGAUACGGAUGAAACACGGGCCCGCAGGAAUGUGACUUCGGAUGCCUUAGCACUUCAGGAAGCAAGUCUGCUUGCUGUAGCAGGUAAAAGACAAAGAAAAAAAACUUUGAAAGCCUAG